UGUAUAUCCAAUAUCAUUUUAACAAAAAUAACCUGAAACCUUUAUUCAAAUAAGCGAGUACUUCAAAGAAGUUGAUUUUUACAAGUUUUAUCGUACAUUCUUCCUUUUUUUCCUGUCGUACGAAUUUUCAGCUGCAACCUUUGCAUAAUUCAGUCUAACGAAAAAGGUAUCGUUUUAACACUUAAUUUUUAAUAAAAAUUGAAACUUCUUUUAUUUUAUUCUAUAAGCGCAUGGAGAGAUUUAGAUUAAAGGUGAAUUGUUAUUUUUCGCUUGUCAGCUUAGGUUAAAGAAAUCUAUCUUUCAUUCACAUCCACUUAUUAGAAAAUUAAUUUUGUAUUCAUUAAAUGUAUACCAUCAUUGAAAAAUUCGUUGGAAAUUGUCAAUUAUUUUGUAAACUUUUCAUCUGUCUGUUUAACCAAUGUGUGUGGCCAUUUUCAUAAUUGAUAAACAAGAACAGCGGUCUGAUUGGACUCGUUGAUUGGAUGGGCGGAGCUUAUAUCCUUAUUUGGAAAGGCAUCAUGAAAUGGUUUGAGAUGUUGAUUAUAAGGGUAAAAGGAUCAAAUCUAUCUUUGCUUAUAAUAACAGUCACUCGAUCACAAAGUAUAGAAUAAGUGUAAAACAGACAUUUCAAUAUAAACAUUUUAUAAGUGAUUGUAAAAAACGACAAGAAUUCUGAUCGUUCUUGAGAAAAACACGAAACAUUUGCCGUUUGAGUUCGUAAAUGGUGAAUAUGCAGCCUGGAACCCUACAAAGAUUCCAUCACAGCCCUGGUGUUUCUAGUUUGCCGAAUGGACCAAGUCUAACAAGUAUGAUGCCAGCUCUGUUUGGAGACCAGAAUUACUACAGGCAUGGAGGGUACAUACCUAUGAACGUGAACAGCAUGGCGGCAAUGUAUGGUGACCAGUAUUCAGCGAUGGGUAGACCGUCUCCAUACUCCCCCUACGGACAUCACCAAAGUGCUAAGGACAUGGUUAAGCCACCGUACAGUUAUAUUGCGCUGAUAGCAAUGGCUAUUCAGAGUACUCCGGACAAGAAAGUAACAUUAAAUGGAAUUUAUCAAUUUAUUAUGGAUCGUUUUCCUUUCUACCGUGAAAACAAACAAGGAUGGCAAAACAGUAUCCGUCAUAAUCUUUCGCUAAAUGAAUGUUUUUUAAAAGUUCCCCGAGACGAUAAAAAACCUGGUAAAGGAAGUUACUGGUCUUUGGACCCGGACAGUUACAAUAUGUUUGACAAUGGUAGUUAUUUACGCAGGAGAAGGCGAUUCAAAAAGAAGAAGGAUGCCGAACGACCUUCAGAUGGUGACAAAACGGAUAUUAAUUUGAAACACGGCGACAGCAGCGACAAUGAAAGUGCAAGAAACGGUGAGUGCGGAAAUUCUGAGUAUUCUGACAAUUCGUGUAGUCCUCAUAAGUAUGACAUUUGUAGAAAAUCUCCUCCUUUAGAAACUAGUGUCUCAACAAAGUUGGAGCCCGUUGAACUUCAAAAUUCGAACAACCUACAAGAUUCGCAGCUAGAAUCAAGACCGAGCCCAAAUACCCUACCAAUUCCAGCUGAUCCUUUGGAACCAAGCCAACCUUCUAGUUUUACAGUGGAGAACUUAGUGCAAAAUUCCGUAAAUUGUGAUAUGAGUGGAUGUAACUUUUUAUCUGGACGACAAAGUAUCAAUCCGCCAAUUCCUUACUCAAGACCUACUGAUAUUUACCGGAACAUUGGAUCGUGUGGUCAGACAUCACCUCAAGGACCAGGGUACCCAUAUCCGACCUCUUCUAUCAUUCAACAUAACAAUUCUCUAUCUGGUGUCAAUAACGAGGACAAUAUUGACCCGCCGUCACCAGCUCACGCGCACGCGACACUAUCGUCUGCUAACAGUGUCAACUCAAGCAUGUUCCAAACGUAUGGGAGACCCAAUGGAUGGUAUGUUUCAAGUGCAGCUGACUUUUCACAUCAUGGUGCCGAUUUUCCUGGAGGAACUUUUGGAAGUGUUCGGGACGUUUUUGAAAGUCAAAGACUUUUAGGGCAAGGGAGUCAAACAACUCCUCAAUCCAGCUGCCAACUUGCCGCAUUUAGGAACCCAUACAAAUCGUAUGCAUGCGAAUACAGCAAAUUUUAAUGACUUGUCUAGAUUCAUUUACCGUAUGUAUAAUUUUGUUCUUUGUUCUGGAAAUGUACUUGACUGUGAGGUUAUUCUCACAAAGUUUUCAUAAGUGCAGUGCUUGUUUAACAUUUACAAUGACCUGUAUUUCUCUCGUGCUGAAAGAUGUUUGUCAACAGGUUUCUGUCGAUUGUGUAAUUUGCGAACAUUCCAAUUAAUUUUAUAUUCAGGCAGAUAACAGAAAGACAAUUUAAAAUUUAAUAUGUCAGUUUUGAGGUAUGUAGGAAUCCACGCAUAUUUGUGUAAAAUUAAAAUGAUAUUCAACCAAA